AUGGAACAGAAUUCUACAUCAAGACCUUACAAUAAUACGCUGUCAACAUUCCUAGAUCAUGUCAAACAGUACCUUACCACCAUUCCGCCCGUAACUAAAAUCGCGCUAUACACUCCCAUCAUCAUUUGUAUCCUCGAUAGAAUUGUAUUUCCUCUGUUGAGCUUGCAAUUCGAUAUUUCCUCCUUGAUAUCACUGAAUGCCGUUAGUUUUCAAGUCUACAGGCUUGUAUUGUAUCCAUUUGCAACAAAUAGCUUCAUCCAGUUGUUCAUCAUCGAUAUCUGGUUACUUCCUGAGCUGUACAAGCUGGAGAAAAAGCAGGGCUCACUGCGAUUCUUAUGGAUUCUGCUCGUCUUGUUCACCAUCAUCCCGGGUAUUGUCUACUCUUUAGUCAUGGCAUCCAUCACAGCUGGUAAACUAAACACACAUAUACUGUUUGUCUGGGAUUGUCGAGGAAUGGCAGGUUGGGUCGUUGGAUUGGUCUUUUGGUCAUACUUGGAAGAUGAAGAGGAUCAGCAGGAUAGAAUGAUUGCUGGUGCUAUUCGCAUGCCAAAGAAGAUGUGGCCUGUGCUCGUGUUUAUUUUCUUUAUCUUUUUGGUGCAAGAUGCUUCUGUGUUUCUCAAUAUCAGUGCUGCCAUUGUUGGCUUCCUCUAUGCCAAAGGAAAGCUUGGCUUCCUGGUGCCUUCUGAAGACAAGUUUAAUGAAUACGAGUCCAAGAGCUGGCUGCAAUUCUUUACUAGAUCACACAACUUUGUUUCGAUCGACUCGGCUGGCAAUAGCUAUUUACCCAUUUUCAUGCCUACCAAUGCCAACACACCCAUUCGUCCCUCCUCCAGUACAAACAACAAUACACAAAACCAAUUCCCUGGCCAAGGCGUUCGUUUGGGUUCUUGA